AUGGGGGUGAAAAUCGACGGUCGACAGCUACACCAUCUUCGCUUUGCUGCUGCCAUCGUUCUCAUAGCACCAAACAUUAGCCAGUCGCAACGUAUGCUUGACGACCUUGAUGAAGCCUAUGGAAAGAUUGGUCUUCGACGAAAUCUCACAAAAGCGAUGUUCGUGAAGAACGGAUUAGUUUCGCAUGCCCCAAUCACGCUCAACGGAACGAUUAUCUCCGAAUGCUCCAGUUAUAGUUAUCUAGGUCGGUAA